AUGACCACCCAAAAUGAAGAUAUUGAGUUUUGUACCCUGGGGAUGUUUAUUAUUGGUAUGCUUUAUAUAUCUAUUCAACGUGCGGGACUGACGAAUCCACCAGAUGACAUUGAUUUUGGGGGUAUAAGACCGGGAGUUAAGAAUAUCACCGGCGGCGCAGCUUCUUUUGCAGUCAUUGGUGCGCGCUUGGUCUCGGGCUCCAAGCAUGCGCGAGCUGUUAGCUGGAUAGUGGACGUUGGCUCUGAUUUCCCGUCUGAGACCCUCGAUGUGAUCAAGUCAUGGAACACCGACUGUCUCUUCAGAGAGGAUGAUACAAGAUUGACUACGAGAGCCUGGAACGGAUAUCAUCCCAAUGAGCAAAGAGACUUCAAAUACUUGACCCCAAAACUCAGGCUGGAGCCAGAAAUGCUUUCCGACAAACAGUUGUGGUCAAAGACAUUCCACAUGGUGUGUUCCGCAUCUCGCUGCAUUCAUAUAGUGCAGACCAUCUUGCAGCGACGAGAGGAAAUGCACAAGGCGGGGAACUCCCCCUCCGAGGCGCAUGAAUUGCAGCGCCCUAUAUUCGUCUGGGAACCUGUUCCCGACCUCUGCACCCCAGAGGAACAGAAUAAUUUCUUCGCUGCAAAUAAAGUCGUGGAUGUGAUAAGUCCAAACCACAUGGAACUCGGCAUGAUGUUCGAUCAGCCCAGCUGGACCGAAGACAGCCAAGAGAGUCAAGCCCUGGUCAGAAGAAUUACAGAUUCUGGCAUCGGGCCAGAUGGAAACGGUAUGCUGGUUAUCAGAGCCGGAAAGGACGGUAGCUACGCCUACUCUAAGACCUGCAAGAUUUGGCUUCCCGCGUACCACCAGCCAGAUGUCUCGGGGAAGACGCCUGUCAUUGACCCCACAGGAGCCGGUAACUCCUUUUUAGGUGCUUUGGCUCAGGGAUUGGUGACUACAGGCCGAGAACCCUUCCAGGUAAUCCAGUCUGUUCUAUCACAGUCAGAAAAUUGGAAGAAGGGACUUGACUCGUGGGGGAGCUACCAGAACUAUCCCAUGGCACUCAUCUGCGCAACUGUCGCAGCGGGUUUCGUGGUGGAACAAAUUGGUGUUCCGCAGAUUACCGAAGAGAACGGAGAGGAAUUGUGGAAUCAAUCUGGAUUCGCGGAACGUGUCCGCCUGUACACGCAGCGAUUAUUGAAGACAUUCGAAAAGUCUCCCCGGAGACACCUGCUGACCAAUUGA